UAUCUACAGAGUGAGGACUAACACUUGGACUUUAUGAUCAGCAGUUUUGGGAGAUGAAAAUUAUGGGAGCAAAUAAGUAAGACUCAAUUAGCUUUUCCUUGUUACAACAGGACAUCUGUAAGUGGAGAAUUUAUUUGGAUGCCUGGUUAGUGUCAGAGCACAUGGGGAGCGCACUCCGUGGGACUGUUUGUACAUGAGUGACACUAUCCAGCCAGUCACAGCUUACACAGUAACCUCAGGCACAGUAACAGUCCUGGAGGAGGAUGCCUUCCCUGCACCACGGAGCAAUCUUCAUCGGAGCCUUCCUCAUUGUGACUGGGGGCUCCACAGCCUUCCUGUCCUCAUACCAGAGCCGCCUGCAGGCUUUCUCCCUCUGCUGCGUGGUGCUGGGGGUGGUCAUGCUCAUCCUGGGGCUAUUCUGGGCUAUGAACAGCAAAAGUGCCGCAAACUACAACCAACGGGAGUUCGACCCAGAGUGUCCACAUUAUCCAUACGACUACCCCAACUUUGGCAGUCAUGCCAUUUUCACACCUCCAGGGAACCGCUUCCCAGAAUCCCAGUCAGUGUUUCUGCCCAGGACAAUGGAACGCCACAGGCACCGUGCUCGUGGUGAGGAAUUCGACUACCCUCCCAUGGACCAUGGUGGUUUUAGUCCAUCCCCUCACCCUCCUCCGUGGCUGGAACCCCCGCCUCCCUAUGAGGUCGCCAUCAAGACCACAUGCAGCUCUACACAUCUGCGGCGUGCAUACUCAGAUACACACCUGGCAACAGAGCCCCUGUUUGGACAGUCGAGAGAGAUCAGCUUUGAGGUGUGAGGUUGGACAGUGUGGAUGCCCCCCUGUACAACAAACCAAAAGAUAAAUAGGCACGAGACUGGGGCUUUUACUCUGACUCUGCAUCAGCAACAAACUUUAUCAAACACUUGAAGCAUGCUUCUUCCUGGUGUUGACCAGUGUGUCCUAGCAUGUUUCCCCUCAGUUCUCUGUAAUUACGAUGAAGGUGUCAACGCAUAUCUAAAUUUAUGGUGAAAUUAAAGGUAGAUCACACUGAAUUCAGCCUUAUCAGACCAAAAUAAAGCACCAAGACACAU